AUGGCCAAGUUGACAAAAGAAGAGGAAGUUUUAUUGUCGAGCUAUUCGCCGGCCAGCUCAACCAAGGGAAAUCUUUUCUUCUACGUCAAUGCCUUGAUCAUCUCAUUGGCACCAAUCUACUUGUUCUAUGGAGUUCAUCAAAUGGAAAUUGCUGAUUCGUGGAUUGUUUGGGCUUUGUCAAGUCUCUCAACUGCCUACCUUUUGGCUUAUUCAUGCAAGAACCAAAAGAGACUCUUGAAACAUCAAAUUGUUAUGAAGAGAGGUCCAGCUGUUGAUAGAGAAAUCAAUGCCAAAUACGCCAAUGACAAGAAAAUGAGCAUCAAAGAAAAGGAGGUGAGUAUUUUAUUUAUUUAUUUUUUGAGAAAAUGAAAUGAAAAAUGGUUCAAUUUCCCAAGUUUACACGUUUUAUUUCCAGGAACGCGCUCUUUUCCGAAAGAACGAAGUUGCCGACAGCGAAUCAACCUAUCUUUCAAUCUUCUACACCAACACCCUCUUCCUCACCAUCAUGCUUAUCUUCGCAUUCUUCCUUCUCGCCAACGUCGCCCCAAUUUUCAACCUUCUUUUGUCGACCUCCGGAUCGGCUGCUCUUGUUGCUUUCCUCUCAACCGCCAAGAACUAA